GGUUAAACAGCCACGAUGUAAACACACACAAUCCAGUUAUGCUCCUGUACUGCAUAACUGCAGUAUGGAAUUUUACAAUAAGCAACUCCUGACAAGCAGGACUGGGUGUGACUGCCCCCAUGCAUUCCCCUCCACAUUUAGCAUGUAGCAGGUGCAUACUGCAGGGUGAAUUAGAAAUGACGGUGAAAGGUUUAGCUGUUUGGCUGCUGUUUAUGAAAACCAGUGGAAGGUGGGGCCACUUCCUGCUGGAUGGAGAGACCCUCAUUCCAUUCUCAUUCCAUCUCAAAGUGAUUAUGAGGGCCAAGCUUCUGCUGGUGCCAGAGCCACUGGCCUGGUCACCACCAGCCCUGGCCUGGGAUGUCAGAGCAGGUUUCCUGGAGAGACCUCUCUCCUGGGGCUGGGUGGUAGCCAGGGCAAGGUGGGGAAGUGAGGAGGUGAGACACAGAAGAGACAGCAUGUACAAAGGCCCCAUGGCCUCGGGGGGCAAAGUGCGCUGGAAGAUUGCCUUUUAGGGCAGGAGGGCCAGGGCUGGGGCAGAGGAGGGUCCCAGAUUCCCCAAUCUACCAAGUUUUGCCUUUGUAGAACUGGAUCACAAGAGCAAGCCUGAGUCCUGCCAGAAACAUUCACAUCUGCAUCUUAACCAGGACACUUCCGCCUUUGUGUGGAUAACGGGAAGUUGCAGAUAGUUGAGCUAACUGAUACGCACCACUGCAAGUGCUUUCCAGAGGGUAAUCUUUUCAUCCUGACAACUGUCAGCCGUUCUCGGCCGCCGGACGCCCCCGCUGGGGCCAAUGCCCAACCAGGACAUCGACGUGAGCAACCUGGAGCGGCUGGAGAAGUACCGGAGCUUCGACCGCUACCGGCGCCAGGCAGAGCAGGAGGCGAAGGCCCCGCACUGGUGGCGGACCUACUGGGAGCAUUUCGGGGAGAAGACAGAUCCCAAAGAGAAGAUUGAUAUUGGGCUGCCUCCACCCAAAGUCUCCCGGACCCAACAGCUACUGGAACGGAAACAGGUCAUCCAGAAUCUUCGGGCCAACGUAGAAGAGGAGCGGGCUGCCCGCCUCUGCACAGCCAGUGUCCCACUGGAUGCCGUGCGGGCCGAGUGGGAGAGGACCUGUGGCCCCUACCAUAAGCAGCGUCUAGCUGAAUAUUACGGCCUCUACCGAGACCUGUUCCACGGUGCCACCUUUGUGCCCCGAGUUCCCCUGCAUGUGGCCUACGCUGUGGGUGAGGACGACCUGAUACCUGUGUACUGUGGCAAUGAGGUGACUCCAACCGAGGCUGCCCAAGCACCAGAGGUGACCUAUGAGGCCGAAGAGAGCUCCUUGUGGACGUUGCUACUCACUAGCUUGGAUGGGCACCUGCUGGAGCCGGAUGCUGAGUACCUCCACUGGCUGCUAACCAACAUCCCGGGUAACCGGGUGGCUGAAGGACAGGUGACGUGUCCCUACCUCCCCCCCUUCCCUGCCCGAGGCUCCGGCAUCCACCGUCUUGCCUUCCUGCUCUUCAAGCAGGACCAGCCGAUUGACUUCUCCGAGGACGCACGCCCCUCACCCUGCUAUCAGCUGGCCCAGCGGACCUUCCGCACUUUUGAUUUCUACAAGAAACACCAAGAAGCCAUGACUCCAGCCGGCUUGUCCUUCUUCCAGUGCCGCUGGGAUGACUCCGUCACCCACAUCUUCCACCAGCUUCUGGACAUGCGGGAGCCGGUGUUUGAGUUCGUGCGGCCGCCCCCUUACCACCCCAAGCAGAAGCGGUUCCCCCACCGGCAGCCCCUGCGCUACCUGGACCGGUACAGGGACAGUCAUGAGCCCACCUAUGGCAUCUACUAGGAGCCAGAGUGUGCCCACUUCAGAGCAUGGGAUUGAUCGGCAGCAGGAGUAAAGACAGCUCCAGAGGCCUACGCUGUGGGGUCUGGGCCCUGCCUUAGGCAGCCCCUCUGUGGCCCCUCCCAUCAGGCCCAGGGCUUGCAGUGAAAGGGACUCUCAGGUGGUGGCGUGGGGGAUGUGAAUAAAGAUGAUUUCUUGCCAGGC